UUCAGCAUCUAAAAAACAGCAGUCGUAGACAAGAGACCCAUUCUUCAGUUCACUGGUCAUCACAUUACUUCAGCCAGUGGUGGUGAAGCUAUGGUUGGCAGCCAAUUGGGGGCUGGGCUCAGAGUCAGACGGAGACGGAACGGGAAUUUUUCUACAAGCAUCUGACCUGAACAGUGUGCUGGAGCGCUCACAUCAAAAACACGCGCCAUCGCCAUACACAAGGAGGAAGAGACGGAAAUUGUACACUCGAAAAAUCGUUUUCGGCUACAAAUUCUAGAUUAAAAAGAAGAACACCCACGCCAAACAAUUUAUAAAGAAUUUACUUAACUGUCCUGGCAUCCUCCUCCUGAGCUGUGCAUCGACGCUUUUCAUGUCUAGGAGCAGAGAGGGAGUAGAGGCCCAACAGCGACAGUGAGUCCCUGGGAUGCACAGCCGACCCGUUCCCCCUAAUUCUCUCAGGCCCCCAGAAGCUGAAGACCGGCUGCCAUUGAGAGACCGUGUGGCUGUCCCACUGAGCAGCAGCCACCAUGGCCCUGAUUCAGGCUCUACCCGUGCCGGCUGAGCGUCACCACACCCCCGGCCUCAACGGAUCCCCCCGCCGCCACCCCUCUGCCUCCCACACGCCCACUAACCUCCCCUCCACCUCCAACUCCCAGGAGGCCAUGGGCUCCGUCAGCAGCCUCAUCGCCCACCGCUCCGGCCCGGCCUACCUGGAGCGUCAAUACCGGCCCGUUGAUAUUGGUCCCGAGCCGGGCACUUCCAAGCUCCACAGAACCACAUUGGGUGCCACUUCUUGCCUGGGCUCCUCUGACACAUCCCAGGAUCCGCUGCUCAGUAGCCUCACUCCGCCUGGCAACAGGAAGCCCUUGAUGGGGAUUGGCUCCAGUAAGGACAGCGGGACCAAUGGGAAUUACUCGUAUCUGAACCAGCACUAUGUGGGGGACUGGAAUGACAACCAUAUGGCUAACGGAAGCCCAAGGACCGGGAUUGACACCGAGGAGGCCAAGGAGGGGCAGCUGGGGAGCCUCAAUGGGAACGUAGGAGGAGCCCCGCCCAAACUGGUCCUCGUAUCGGGGAAGCUGGAGAAGAACAUGGAGAAAACAGUGAUCCGGCCCACCGCCUUCAAACCCGUCAUCCCCAAGAGCCGCAACUCCAUGCAGUACCUCUCCCCUCGCCACGACCGGUCCAGCCUAUCAGACAGCCAGAACAAUCUCAACCUGUUGUCACCUGGUAGCCAGACAGACACUUUGUCGCCCUGCUCGGAGAAACGCACCUCCUACAGCAGCGGGCGCCACGUGGGCGGGGGCAGCCAGACCUGCUCCAUGUCUGACUCGGGCCGGAACUCCCUGUCGAGCCUGCCACCCUAUGGCAGCAUCCCCUACAAUCUGCCGCCCGCAGACACCCCGCUUGUCAGUGGCCACCUAGAGCCCAUGAAGACGGCGCCCGGCAAUGUGCACGGGCACUCCAACUCGGAUAGCGGGCGCUCCUCGUCCAGUAAGAGCACAGGGUCGGGGUCGCUGAGCGGGCGCGUCCAGCCUCUGUCGGACAGCGGGUCGAGCGGGCGGUCACCAGCCCCCGUGGAGGGGGGGUACGAGGGGGUGGUGAGGGACCUGGAGGAUAAGCUGAGGGAGAGAGACGUGGAGCUGCAGCAGCUCCGAGACAAUCUGGACGAGAACGAGAUGGCCAUUUGUCAGGUGUAUGAGGAGAAGCAGAAGCGCUGUGAGCUGGAGCUGGAGGAGCUGCGUCAGACCUGCGCUACACGGAUGCAGACACACUCCCAGAAGGCCCAGCGUGCCCAGCAGGUGCUCCAGCUGCAGGUCUUCCAGCUGCAGCAGGAGAAGAAGAAGCUCCAGGAGGACUUCAGCCAGCUGCUGCAGGAGAGGGAGCAGCUGGAGGAGCGCUGCACCUCCUACGAGCAUGAGAAGAUCGACCUAGGGCCCCGGCUGGAGGAGACUAAGUGGGAGGUGUGCCAGAAGUCUGGGGAGAUCUCCUUGCUGAAGCAGCAGCUGAAGGAUGUCCAGGGAGAGCUGGCUCAGCGRGUGGGGGAGAUUGUCUCUCUGCGUGGCCAGCUUCGGGACUCCCGUGGCGAGCUCGCUACAAGCCAGGACCUGCUACAGGAGGCCACCUCCGCCGGCCGCCUGCGCACCCUGGAGCUGGAGGUGUGCCAGAACGAGCUGCAGCGCCYCAAGAGUGAGACCCAGCUCCUCCGCCAGAAGGUGGGCCGCCUGGAGGAGGAGACGGCCCGCCUCCGCGCUGACGCCGCCGCGGCCGAUCAGACAAGCCUCCAGGCCCCCGCCCACAAUGGUAGUGGAGGCAGGCAGUGCCAGGCCUUCCCGGAGGGGGAGGAGCCACAUUUGUUGAGCGACGAGGCCAAGCGGGCCUAUGAGAGCGAGGCCCUCCAAAGCCUCCGGGUGCAGAUGGAGAGUCUGAGGGCGGAGUUAGCCACAGAACGCCAGCGGGGGGAGGAGCAGGCGUGCAGCUUUGAGGAGGAGCACAGGGUCUGGCAGGAGGAAAAGGACAAGGUGAUCCAGUACCAGAAGCAGCUGCAGCAGAACUACGUGGGGAUGUACCGGAAGAACCGGGAGCUGGAGGGAAUGCUGCGGGAGCUCAGUCUAGAACUGGAGACCCGGGACGAGCUGGAGGAGCAGGACGAAGGCAGCGGCAACGAGAUCAACUUUGACGAGAUCACCGCAACUGAGAUCUGACACCACCACCUUUUCUCUUUGUGUGUCUCCCUCUCUCUAUCCGCCAUAUGCAUGUGAUCCACUAGGAGCAUCUACAGGAAGCCAAGAGAGUCUCUAUAAUUGCUUAGUAGGUCACUUCAGAAUCCUUCAGUAGGUCUCCAUCAGGGUCAGUACGGUAUGUAGUAGUCUUUUUAUAGUUGGUCUACUCUGCCUAUGUUCCUGCGCUUCUACUCCGUCUCACAAAUGUCUUAUUAUGGUUGACUCCCUCUGGCUAAUGUCGACACGUGCACACACACACACUUCCACAAAAGAAUGCGCACACACACAGCAGCUGUUUCUAGUCUAUAUUUCAAAAUGCAGUUGAAGCUCUCUGUGUGCUACAGUAGGCUCCUCCCGCUUGUGAACAUCUAGUCAAAACAUGGCCAUUCUAAGCAGAUAUUGCUAAUUUGGUUUCCUUACCUUUUUAAGAUUAAGCUGGGCUUAUUGUGUUAAAUCUAAUAGACUACCAACAUUUCUAAGACCUUGAUAUUAAGCACACUAACGUACCACUGCGGCAAGCAGCUUUGGAGGMUUGAAUUUAUUGGGCCUUUCUGAAACUGGAGCAGGUGGAGGAGUUGCAGGUAGUUCCUCAGCGUUCUGAAAAGAUAACCCAAUUUUGACCCUUAUUGGCUUGAAAUUGUACAAACACAGUGUGAUCUGAUGUGACAAUAGGAGAGUACGCUGACAGGGAGAGUGAUGGUGAAGUCAGAUGAGUCUCGUACAGCGUGGAGGGGAUACAUCCUGUCUUUCUGUGGUAUUCACUGAACAUCAUGUAACUCCUCCUAUUCCCUAGAAAUGUGUACUUCCUCCUUAUUCACUGUGGGUGUUCUUGGUAGGUAGAGCCUUAUAAAACUUGUUUUCUUCGGCAUGUUCUCAAAUACAACAGGUUAAUUGGCAAAAAAGAAGGGAAACGCUUCAAUGUCACGAUUACCAAAUGUCUCAUUCCAUGACAUAUUUGAGUAUCUAAAUAUGGACAUUAGUGAUCUCGAAUUUCCCUAUUACACACAGGAUGUCAUUUCAUUCGGUAUCUGCACAGUGUCUUCAGCGAGCAAAACAGAAACCGUGGAAAUUCAAAAGGAGACAUGUCAUUAAAGCACACUCCAAUAUGCUUUCUAUUGUUGUGAAGAUAAUCUGCUUGACGUUUUUGUGAUCUGUCUCCCGCAGAAGUACAAUAGCAUGGAUGUAUUCAUCUCUAUGGAUCGUUGUUUCUCUGAAAAGAUUUGUAUGCAGCUCUGGCCGUUUUGCGAACAUGCUUUUUGUACAGGUGACYGGACAUGCACUAAGUGAGAGAUGCUUAGUCUUUUUAUUAAGUUAAAUUAGACUGGCCAAGCUAUGACUGUUAACUUUUCAUCAAAUUCUGUAUAACGAAGCACACCCAUUCACAAGAGAAAGACACUUACUCUACAUGUCCCCAUAUCGCUGUUAACCCUUCAUUGRAGAUAUCCCUAAUACUGACAAAUCACAUAUGGUGAAAUAUAGAUAUGAUCUACUUCAAAAUAAACAUAGUCACUGUGAAUAGACCAAAGCAAUGUCACAUGUCCUGUUGGGUCCUUACAGUACCAUGUCGGCAUAUUGACGUUUGAGUGAAUACCCCUUCCAUGGUUCUAUAUUCCAUUUUUUUUUUUAUCCACAGUAUUUGUAUGAAGACAUUAAAUGUAUAUUUUCAUGCUGUAAAUUUAUUGUACCAACCGACUGUUUUUAAUAAAAACCAUUGAUAAAAACGCA